GGUUAAACAAAAAGCAGCGACCCGAUCCAACAUCAUGAUAAAUACAAAAUCCCAAAAUUUCAUGCCGGAUCGGCCGUGGCCCGGAUUAACAACGACCGCGCUUCCUGCUGCCGUGUCACAGGGCAGGAGUGAUAAGUAUGCUACUGAGGCACACCAAACAAAAGAGAACAAACAAAAACAGGCCGCGUGUGACCGGCCUCAAGCAGUUGUCCCCUGGGCUCUGCGGUCACGCAACCAACUUCCACGGUGUGGGCAGCCGGGAAGUAACAAUCGCCCUCACAAUCCGAAAUGCACACGAAACCUCUCUAAUCCUCACUUAUCUUUGUCUUCAUCUUCAUCUCUAUCACCUUGCCUUCCUUCCACUGAUGCAACUCCUCUACUUGAUAGCUCCUCACUUCCUCUUCACUCUGCGUCCACUAAAAACGAUGGAAGCCAAAAAACCACCACCGACAGCCUCCUAAAGCCACGCCACCAAUUUCAUAUAGGAGCUUUUAAUGUUAGGACACUUUGCCAAAUAGGACAACAAGCAUCACUAGCCAAGACCCUGGCAUCCCGAGCCAUUGAUGUAUGCUGUGUUUCAGAAACACGCAUACAAGACCCAAGUGUGGUUAUUCACCUAACCCCACCUGGCCAACAGGUUGAAUCUGCAAAAUUCACCUUGAGGGUGUCAGGAGAUGCCACAGCUAGUUCACGAGGAUUAGCUGGUGUAGGGAUAGCUUUGAGUACUAGGGCAGAAAAGACAUUGCUUGACUGGAUCCCGGUAGAUAGCCGAAUGUGUGCUGUCCGUCUGAACGGAUCAGUAAGAAGGAGAAAGGACUGCACUACUCGCCGAUGCCUUUUCGUAAUCUCCGCCUACGCCCCCACUGACUGCAGUUCAGAUGAAACGAAGGAUGAGUUCUACCAAAAGCUGUCUAGUUUGGUGCGAAAGGCUAAACGCUCAGACAUAGUCGUUCUAGCUGGUGACUUUAACGCUCAAGUAGGGAAAUUGUGUCAAUCUGAGAAGGAUGUCGGUGGCACCUAUGGAGUUCCGUGCCAGCGAACCGACAACGGUGACCGUCUCCUACAGUUCUGUUCUGAUAAUCAUUUGUUUCUUGUAAGCACUAACUUCAAACACAAGGAGAGACACUGUUUGACUUGGAGACCCCUUCAUCAAACCAACGCUGGACACAAAUAGACCACAUAGCAAUAAGCUAUCGUUGGCGUGGGUCGGUAGGAGAUUGUCGCUCCUUCUGGAACACGUGCGUAGAUACCGACCAUGCACUGGUCCGCGCUCGGGUGUGCUUACGACUGAACGGACGUAGGAAACAGCUGGCGGUAAAACCAUCACGUCCCCAGCUCGAUCAGGAAACUAAAUCCGUAUUUGAGGAAGAACUAGCUAAACACAUAUCUGUGUUCGACAGCUGUGCUCACCCUGAAGAAGCUUGGAAGAAUAUCCAGGCAGCCAUAGAUACAGCUGUAAAAGCUGUGAAUAAGGUAAACCCAAAGGUGAGUAAAAACCACUGGAUCUCCACCGCCUCAUCCGAACUGAUAGAUGCUAGAAG